UAUACUGUAUGAAGUGAUAGAUUAUGAAUCUAAUGAUAGAUUAUAAAUCUAUCCAAUUUAGGCUAUAUACAUUCUUAAUACUAUAUUUGAGUAGUAUUUUCCCAGUGUUUUGUGCUAUUGUAGUAGCUAAUGGUUUCGAGUCAAUUGAUUCAACUGUUUCAAAAAUUCAGAUAGCUUCGUUUCUCUCAUCCCAAGUUUUGUGUCCGAAAUCGUCCCCUUAUCCAAAUUCAGAGUGAACAAUUUUCAUUCUCUGUAGGCUACUGGAAAUAGCGAAUGAGUGAAAGAUUUGGGAUAUACACAGCGUCCGUUUGCAACCAUAUUAGGAAAAGUAGGCGGGGCGAAAGAAAAUAUGCUCAAAUUUAAUUUGUUCUGGCGUAGCUCAUAAUACGGAAGUUGGACGAAAGAAGUUGUUUUCUGUAAAUAAAGACUUAAAUUUCGGACUGUUCCUAAUACAAAGCUAUCAUGACUUUAGAAGACCUUAAAUAUAGCGGACUACAUUUAUGACAUUUUUGUGGAAGAGACGUGCGCGUGACAUGAGGGGUUUGACCUGAAAUGAGUGUGCACAUGUAAGUGUUUGUGACUCACGGGAGAUCAACAGGAAUGAAGCUGCCCUCGACACAUCCAUCAUCUCCGCCUCAUCGAAAGUGUCCUCAGAAAGCAAGAGUCCAGCAGUACAACAACUCAUGCCUGUGUCAUUGUUUCAAGACGCCGUGAUUGGCCGAUGUCUCAUAAGAAAGCUGAUUAGAAGUGUGUGUAAAUUAAAGGGGUGUGCCUUCAGCCAAGGCUGAUGCAGGGUGCUGCCUGAGAGGUGAGAUACACCGUCCCUUUAAGAGUGUAUUUUUAGCCAGACAUUUAUUAGUGCUCAUUGGGAGGGAAAACAAGGUGUUAAGGGUGGAAUUAGGCACAUGCAGACUGUCUUAAGAAGGAUGUGGAGAUCAAGAAGGCUAAAAUACCACAAAUGAAGCGUCGUCUCCAGGGAACAAAGUGCACAAGGACCUGUCCACUCUCGAGUACUACAGCCAACAACAGACAGUCAGCUGGUAGUGCAGACCACCAGAGACUCAAGCUGGUGGCACCAGAGUUUCAGCCGGUCUCAGUAAGAGUCGGACUGUUGAUGCAUUUGGAGAGGGGCCACCUCCCAAGCCAAAGCCUGGACGGAGCCCCUCCUCCCUCAGCCUCCUUGAGUCACGUUUCCGGCAGGAGCCAAAAGACCCAGAACAACCACGAACCGGCAUGUUCUCAUCUGGCUUCCUGAGUGGGGCCAACCCCCUGAGUGCAGUUUCUUCUGCUGUCUCCUCUGCCAAUAUCCCAAAGUUUAGUUUGUUUGGUGAUGAUGAGGAGGAGGAGCCUACAAAGCAGGAAGGAAAGCCUCCUGGACCACAGAGUGGAGCGGGGAAAGGUCCUCCGCAGCAAGGCGGUAAGCCACCUCAGCAAGGUCCUCCUAAAGGACAGGGACCUCCUCAGCAAAGACAGGGGCCUGAAAGCAAGCCUGGAGGUCCUGGUCCUCAACCACAAGGACCCAAACCUGGUGGACCAGGACCCCAACAAGGACCCAGGCCUGGGGGACCAGGAGCCCAACAGCAGGGACCUAAACCUGGUGGACCAGGACCCCAACAGGGACCCAGGCCUGGGGGACCAGGAGCCCAACAGCAGGGACCUAAACCUGGUGGACCAGGACCCCAACAGGGACCCAGGCCUGGGGGACCAGGAGCCCAACAGCAGGGACCUAAACCUGGUGGACCAGGACCCCAACAGGGACCCAGGCCUGGAGGACCAGGAACCCAACAGCAGGGACCUAAACCUGGUGGACCAGGACCCCAACAGGGACCCAGGCCUGGAGGACCUGGACCUCAACAGCAAGGACCCAAACCUGGAGGACCAGGCCCCCAGCAACAAGGGCCUGUGAAACCUGGUCCAGGGGUUGCAGGAAAACCCAGUGGACCUCAACAGCCGGGCAAACCUGGGCCAGGGGCUCAAUCAGAAGGGCCUGGUAAAACUGGGCCUACUCAGGGGAAAGAAAUGUGUCCUCUUUGUAAAUCUACAGAGCUGAAUGUGAAGGCCAAAGACCAGCCACCCAACUACAACACCUGCACUCAGUGCAAACAGCAGGUGUGCAGCCUGUGCGGCUUCAGUCCACCAGAUUCAGCGGGUAAGGAAUGGUUGUGUCUGAACUGUCAGAUGCAGCGGGCAGUGGGGGGUAUGGAGCCUCCUGGACCUCCAAUGAUGAAACAGCCCCCCAAGCAGGGCUCAGCACCUCCUUCCCCACAAAGGAAAGAGCCACCUUCUGGGUCUCCCUCAAAGGGUGAGCCAGGGAAGAAGCCCCCAAUGCUGACUAAACAACAGAGUAUUGCGGAUAUAGGGAAAGCAAGUACACCUCCAACAACACCAAAAUCAGGACCACAUCAGGGACCUCACCCUGAACAACUAGGGGCCAAGCGUGGGCAGCCUCCUCCUCUUCAAAAGCCUUCACAGAGCCCAAAAGGUAGUCCCCAGCCUUCUCCAGCAAAAACUACCCCAAAACAGGAUGGAGGAGGCUUUUUUGGGGGAUUUGGUCUUGGAGGAUUGACAGAGGUGACAAAACCUUCUGCAGGUGCCCAGGCUACCGAGUCAGUCACAGGGAAACUCUUUAGUGGUUUUGGUGGGUCAUCCAAACCUCAGGCUGGCUCCACAGCUCAGGCUAGCGAGUCGGUCACCGGAAAACUCUUUAGUGGGUUCAGUGGACUCACUGAGUCGGCAAAGCCUCCGGCAGCAACUUCUCAGACUGCCGAGAGUGUUUCUGGAAAGAUGUUUGGUUUUGGCUCAUCCAUUCUGAGCUCUGCCACCAAUCUCAUCUCUGGGGAAGAAUCAAAGUCUCCCCCCGAAUCUCCUCUGGGAUCGCCCCCUGAUUCCCCCAUUGGGUCCGACGUAGACUCCCCUCCUGGAUCCCUCCCCGACUCAGGCUCAGAGUCACCUCCCGACACGCCACCUGCUUAUUCCAAAGACCCAGUGUCUCCAAAACCUUCAACUGGUGAAGGAAAAGCAUCAGCGGACACAUCCCCUCCAAAAUCUAGAGAAGUAGAGGUGCCUCCGAUUCAAGAAUCAGGCUCUGACACCCAAUCCUGCUGUCCUCUCUGUAAAGUGAAGCUGAAUGUGGGAUCAGGAGAGUCGCCCAACUACAGUACAUGUACAGAGUGCCAGAAGACUGUGUGCAACUUGUGUGGAUUUAACCCUACUCCACAUCUCUCAGAGAAAGAAUGGCUCUGCCUAAACUGCCAGACACAAAGGGCUCUCUCCGGGCAACUUGGGGAUAUGCCACCUCCGCCUUCUCCAUCCAAGCUACCAGCCAAACAUGAACCCACCCCUCCCUCCUCCCCAGCCCGUGCAGUGUCCUCUACCCCUUCCUCUCCUGCACCCACUGCCACUGCCACCCCUGCCAAAGGGCUAACACGGAUGCCCAGCAUAACUCAGGCCCCGGAUGACAAGUCUGAGCCAGUCUCAGCCAAAGUUGAUGCUAAAGAUGUCAAAAAUACAGAUACAGAACAAGAGAUUACAGCAGAGCCAGUACCAAAAAGUACACAGGUAGUACCAGAAGAGAGCAAAAAACACGCACUUGGCACCCUGACUGAAAACACAGAGAGCAUAAAGACUCCACCUGAGCAAAUAGUUAGGGAAGAUGCCCCUCCCUUACAUCAUGUUUCAGAAGAGACAGCAGAUGUUAAAGGGGCAGAUGUAGAACAGGCUGAAACUGUAGAACAAAUUGAGGCGCCUGCAGAGGUACAAAAAGCAGAGAAAAGUGAGCCAGAACAGUGCCAAGUCCAAGAGCCAGAAUGCACUAACAGAGUUGAAACGGAGCCUGAAAGCAGCCAGGAAACCCCUAUAUUUAAUAAUGUUACUCAGACCCUUCUGGUUAGUGACAUGGAAGCUAUUCUAGAGAAAGACAUAGAGACACAAUCCACUGAGACAUCAGAGCUAGCCACACAAAUUGAAAUGACAGAGCUCAAUGCCUGCUCUCCAAUAAGCAAGGAACCACACAGUCAGACUACAGAGAAACAAUCUGAAGAGCUCACACUACCCUCAAAUCUAGAUGCAGUAGAUAACAUGUCUGUAAAGGAAAGCUCUAUCGAGACAGCAACUACUGAUCCUGAUCAGAGUAGCAUAGUGAAUGUGCCAGAGAGGAAACCUGAGGCCUCUGUACAAAUUGAGGCAAAAAGUAUUGAGUCCAGUGAUGAUCAGCUAUCCCAUAAUGUUACUGAUCAAGAAGAAUCUGCAGAGCCAGAAAAUAAAGCAGAUCAACUUAAAAGUGUGGAAAAUGGUGGCAUAGUGGAGGGCAUUUUAGAAAACAAAUUACCAGCAGAGGAGUUCACAGACCAUACAGAGUUAACCCCCAAAAACAAUUUAAAUGUAUGUGACACGGAAGAGCAUAUUGUACAAAUGCGAGAGAUGAAAGACCCAUUCGAGAAGUCAGAAGUCACUAGCAAAGAUUCUAGCCUUGUGGAAAAUUAUAUUUCUGUAGAUAAAAAUGAUGAAAUCUCUGAAAAAAGUCUAACAGAAGAUAAGAUAGAGGUAGAGGACACAUCACAGACACAGUUAGAUGUGCCCUCAUCAUCUCCAGUUACUGACCCCAACUUCACAGAAAAAAUAUUGGUGAAUGAAUUUGUAAAUGUUAGCAAAUAUAACCCAAAGGAGCAGUGCACUAAAGAUCUAUGUGAGGAAAAAGAGGAUAAGUCACUGGAAAAGGAACAGAUGAGCACAGAUAAAACAAAGCUGGAAAAAUGUAUGCCGGAUCAAGCAGGUGGAGAUUUAGAGAUACUCGAGAACACAGAGCAGAAAGUUACUAUUAAGACUGUUUCUGACAACAAAAAUUUUGAAUUUGGUCCUGAAAGCACUUUCUCUGAACAAGGGAUUUGUCCAGAUAAAAACAGAGAAGACGAAAAGAUGGGAGAUACAUGCCCUCCAGCCCUUCAAGAGGCUGAUCCCAAAUCAGAGAAAAAAACAUCAGAAAGAGAUAAAGUCUAUGAGGAAAAACCAGAUGCUGUUAUAACAGAGAAUGAGAAAGAAUAUAUAGUCAUUAGAGAUGAACUGUCCUCUGUUAAUAAUAAAAAUGUUUCAGAGAUGGUAGAACAAUUAUUGCCAGAAGAGAAGGCAAUUAGGCAGAUUCCAUACACUAUGACAAAAACAGGUCUAGAACAGUCUGCCAUGCCAAGUGGUCAUACUGACCAGCAAAUAGAAGUUCCCUCAUCUCCUGUGGUUAGCAAGAAUGAAGACGCAGAAGCAGUAAUUGAGAUUAAGCAUGAAGAGGUGCAUCGUACACAAAAAACCCUUUUUGUAACUGAGAUGGUAGAAAGAUUAUUGCCAGAACAGAAUGAUAUUGGGCAGAUUCCAGAUGCGGUGAUUGAAAAGGCUCCAGAACAGUCUGCCAUACCAAAGGGUCUUACUGAACAUAAAAUAGAAUCCCCUGUGUUUAGUAAGAAGGAAGACAUAAAAACAGUAAUUGAGAUUAAGCCUGAAAAGAUGCAGUAUACACAGCAAGCCCAAACCCCUGCUGUAACAUCUACCAUAUCUAGUGAGAAAGAUAAAUUACUCAGUGAGGAGCUGAUGGAAAAGGCACUGGUUGUAACUGACCAGCAAAUCACCCAAAAAUCUAAACUUGAAUAUACAGCUGAAUGUGUUCCCCAUAGCCUAGACCAUGAUGUAGAACUAGCCUCCCCAUCCUCUACAUUUAGCCAACAGGAAAUAAACAAAUCAGAGGAGGGGAAGUUGACUUCUCAACCACAAGAGAAACAGGAUGAUGUGCUACAGCCACUGAUAAAGCCUAAUAAAUUUGAUGAAUCUGGAGAGAACAAAGAAGAGGCUGCUGUCUCAAUAAAAGACAAUGAGCUACUGAAGGAGCCUAGCGAGAAAGAUAGAGAGAGCAGCCCCACAAGUCCUUCAGACCUGGCCAAGUUGGAAAGUACUGUCCUUCCAAUACUAGAGGCUCAGUCAUCAUCUAAAGAGGAAUCACAAACUGAAACUCCAAAGGUCAAGCGUCGACUGGAGGUGUUGCCAAUGUCUCCAGAACCCAGCUCGGAGGAUGACCAGCAUGGAGAAUCUGAAGAGCAAAGGAAUGAUGCUUCAAAAAAAGACCGUAAAAAGCUUCUGGUUCCAACUGAUAUCCAAGGUGAUUCUUUUGAGGACAGUAGUGAGGGAGAACCUUCACCUAAACUACAAAGCAAAAAGACUUUUGGAGAUAAGGAAGUAGAAAUGGAGAGUCCAAUGGAUGAAGAGGAUUUUAUCCGGAAGCAGAUCAUAGAGAUGAGCGCAGAUGAAGAUGCAUCACCGUCUGAUGAAGAAAACCUAAACAGACGUAAAAUCAAAGAUCAAGAGAAGAAGCAAACAGAACAGAAUGCAAAAAAAGAUGAAAAGGACAAAAGUGAAUCAGGCAAGGCCAGACGUCUUCUCAAAAAGAGCAGUAUCAGUCCAGAAGAUGAGCCUGAACGGAAGAGUAUUAUCUCUGUAACUAAAAUUGAAGAAUUAGCUAAAGGAGAACAACCUUCAGUAGACAGUGGAGCUGGCAUACGGCAUUUCAAAACAAUUGAGCUUAACAGUACAGCAACUGUACGUCAGACAUCAGAUGACGGUGAGCUAGAGAGCCUUACAGACUCUCCUGAUGACAGGUCAAGAGGCGAAGGCUCUUCCAGUUUACAUGCAUCCAGUUUUACCCCAGGAACAUCUCCAACAUCUUUGUCUUCUCUUGAUGAAGACAGUGACAGCAGCAGCCCAAGUCAUGUUCGAACUAGUGGUGAGGGCAAGCAGCAGAGGAAAGCAAAGCACCGGCAGCCAGGUCAGGUGCUUCCUACAAUUGAGGAUUCAUCAGAGGAAGAGGAGCUGCGAGAAGAAGAGGAACUUCUAAGAGAACAGGAGAAGCAGAAGGGCACAGGAAAAAAGUCAAAGAAAGACAAAGAAGAGAUACGCGCACAGAGAAGGAGAGAAAGACCCAAAACUCCGCCAAGCAACCUCUCACCAAUUGAGGAUGCUUCUCCCACAGAAGAGCUACGACAGGAAGCAGAGAUGGAGGAAUUCCGCAGGUCUUCCUGCUCAGACAUCUCCCCAAGCAUGGAGUCAGAACCAGAGAGCUUUGAGAUACUCCCAGAGAAGAUUGUUGCAGUCCAAAAAGUGUAUCAGUUACCAACUUCAGUCUCACUGUAUUCUCCAACAGAUGAGCAACAUGUUGAUAAUCAGUUCAAAGAAAAAGGAAAGCAUUCAUUAAGAAGUGCAGAUGAGGCAUAUGAAGAAAUCAUUCUCAAAGCCAAAUCUCCAACUAAUGAGGGAAACGAACCCCCACCUGGUAAGGAAUCUCUUUAUGGAGGCAUGCUGAUAGAGGAUUAUGCGUAUAGGUCUCUUGUUGAUGAUGCAUCCUGUGAGCAAGAACCUGACAAGCUUUUUGUGUCAGAGAAACCCAAAAAAACUCUGAGAUCACCUGAUGAGGUUUAUGAGGACAUGAUGCAAAGAAAGAAAGAGAUAAUGCUUAAGGAACAGGAACUAACACAAAAAAAGCCAAAAGAAGAAGAUGUUCCUAAACCAGAAACUAUAUACCACGAUACUGACUCAAGCAAAGACACUAUGUCGUCAAGCAACACAGGUCAGUCUAGGAAAGAUGGAAGACCAUUAUUAGAUGCAGAGGCAGCCUAUGAAGAACUUAUGAAGAAGCAAAGAGCAGUGCUGACUCCAGGAACCAGUCCAACUCAAGCAGGUCCUGAUCUGAGUGGCACUGCACAAGGAUCAACAGUAGCCCAAGUUGAGAAAACUGAGAACGCACCCGUACGAAGAAUACUGCCUAUACCUGAUCUGAAAGUGACACAGUGUUCAUCGGGUGAAGAGGAAUCUGGCGAAGAGAGCAUUUCUGAUCAAACACAGGACUCUGAGAAAGUUACAGUUUCAGCUACAAAGACUGAACCAGAACCACUUGUGGAUGAGGCUUUCCAGAAAACAUCAGUCUCAGAGCCAGUUGUAGAAGAUUUGUCACUACAAAGAGAAGCAGCAUCACCUGCAGUAUCAGUUGACUCACAGGAUGCCACAGAGAAAGAUGUAGAAAUUGAGCAGACAGGUGUUGUUGACUUGUCCAAGUCAUCAGCCCCUACUCAAAUUGACUCUUUUAUAUCACCAGUUCCUAGUGUAAUUGCAAGGGCGUCAGCCCCAGUAGUUGUAAGUGUAUCACCCUUGUCCACUGUACCACAAUAUAUAGUAUCUACUAUACCUAGUGUCAUAUCAACUGCUCCACCAGUUCCUCCCAAACCAAUAGUACCACGCAGAGCUGCAUCUCUGGAAAAAGCAGACAUCCCAGUUCCUCCACCCCUUCCCCCUCCAACACUGCCCAAACCCUCUGUGUAUCCCAAAAAGACUCCACCUCAGGUCCCCCCAAGAACUACUCCAGUUGGCAUGCCAACCACAGGGGACAGUGUACCAGUAAGACAGCCGCUUGCUCCAGCCUACAAGCCCCAUGUUCCUCCUCCUGUACCACCAAAGCCAUCCUCAAUCCCUGCAGGCCUAACCUUCAGUCACAAACCAGGAGAGACUAUUAAACCUCCCAUAGCUCCUAAACCCAUAGCUGGUGUUCAGCCACCUUUUACAGUCCACAUUCCUUCGAGACCUACCAUACUGAGUACAAGCAGUGCAGACAGUGUCCUUAAUCUGAGUCCUUCUGCCGAGAGUAGGACGGGAACCACAUCUCCCCUCAAGUCCCCUACAUCACCCAGGUUUGGAAAGGUUUUACGUGACACAUAUGUUGUUAUUACUUUGCCAUCUCAGCCCGGUUCACCUACAGAAGGUAUCACAACCCAAGCCUCAAUAAGUCCUAGCCAAGAAUCACCUCAGAAACCACCUCCUUCACCACCUCAACCACCUCCACAGUCACAAACAACUAGAGUACCAUUGGCAUUCACACGAAUUACUGAAUCUAUUGAAAGUCAAGAAAUAUGUGGUCCAGAGAAGGUAGUUUCUAGCAUGAGUCACGUCUAUGAGGCUAUUUCAGCCUCAACACAGCCUCAGUCAAUUAUUCCAAAUGUUGGUGUUCAGGUAGUUACCACUGAAGUCCAAAGAACCACAGUGUCUGUUGUGCAUGAAAGAACACCACCUCCACAUCCCAUUUCAAGAGCCACUGGCAUCUCUAUUGUUCAAGAAAAAACAAAACCUGAACCAGUUCAAGUACAGAAUGGCCAUGCCUACCAUCCUGGUGAGGUGGUGGAUCUUCGAACCCCAAAGAUAGAUGCAGAGACAUCCAUGAAAGGUGUGGAUCUGUCUUCCUCUGAGUCAAGACGACAGUCCUUUGCUGUUGAUAGUGGUGGACGUCAGCAAAGUGCUGUGCAAUCAUCUGUAGUAAACCUAAGCACUGAUACUUCCUCAGUCUCAAUGGUUACUGACAACAUCACCAUCCUCACAUGCACAGCCACUGUAGCUUAUGGUAGUGAUGUAUCUCUGUCUACAUCAAUGCCUCUCCAACUUACAACAGCUAAAUCCUUUGAGCCUGUGACUCAAAUUAUUUAUAGGCCUGUGGAUUCUCAACCAGAAAAACCCAUAAAUCUCUCAACAACAAUGGGUAAAACUCACUCUGUCCCUGUAACAAUAGCUCCUACGAUUGCAAACAAUAGCAUUGGUGCAACUAUACCUCCCCGUCUAGAAACAGGUUUAUCAGGUGCAGUUGAUCUCACCACAGUAAAACCUGCACAGACCAUGGUUGCAAUGAAUGGGUCCACUGCAGAGGUGGUCACUGCUUUAAUUACAGAGGAUGAUGGAAAACCAGUUGAUCUUACUGCUGGAAGAAGAGCAGUCUGCUGUGAUGUAGUCUAUAAGCUUCCUUUUGCAAGUAGCUGUACAACUCAGCAGCCCUCAGCUCCAUUACCAGAGGAUCGUUUUGGCUACAGAGAUGACCAUUAUCAAUAUGAUCGUACUCCCUAUGGUAUGAGAGGUCUUGGUGGCAUUAAACCCUCAAUGUCUGAUACAAACUUGGCAGAGGCUGGUCUCUUCCUAUAUAAAAGUAAGCAUAGCUUUGAUUACAAGGAGGCUACUGAAGGUGCUGUAGACCUGACAUCUGGAAAAAUGUCAGUGAAAGGUGAAGCUGUGGACUAUUCAAGCAAAUCAACAGGAGUGUGCACUGGAAUGACAAUUCCACAGUACACACAAGCCAGGAUUACUUCAGCAGUUGGAACCCACUAUGGUGUUUCUAGUGUCCUAAGAUCUUCCAAUGGCAUUGUUUAUUCUUCUGUAGCAGCACCAGUUCCUUCUACAUAUGCCAUAACCACCCAGCCUGGUUCUAUCUUCAGCACAUCCUACAAUACUCUAUCAGGCAUGCACACAAGUGAUACUAUGCCAUCAUUGUCAUCUCUACAGAAUCAACCUCUUACUAGAUCGCACAGCUUUCUUUCAACAAUUGCUGUAACCACAGCAGAAGAACAAAGCGACUUACCCUUAAAUCUGGAGACUGGUGUUUCUACAACUCUCUCAGAUGUAGUUUCUACAGUCACUACAGUGGCAGCACUGGACACCUACACAAAUGCUUCACUUGAGGCAAUUGCAGCCUCUUUAGAAGCUCUGUCUUCACCAAUGGUUCCAGGAGAUGGACAGUACCAGAUGGAACGUGAGCUUCUUGAGCUAGAGAAGAUGAAACAGCAGCGCUUGGCUGAAGAACUUGAAUGGGAGAGGCAGGAGAUACAGCGUUUCCGUGAGCAGGAGCAGCUUCUUGUGCAGAAGGAACUGGAAGAACUCCAGGCCAUGAAACAGCAAAUACUAUGUCAGCAAGAAGAGGAGAGACAGGCCCACCUUCUGAUGCAAAAGGAGACUUAUGCUCAGCAACAGGAGCAGUUAGAGCAGAUCCAAAGACUCCAAGAACAGCUCAGACAACAGUUGGAGGAACAGAAGUUCAGGCAAAUGUAUCCAGGUGAAGUCCUGCCAGAGGCUCUUGUUGUGGUGGGAGAAAGAAAGAUGGACAGUGGCUGUCAGACUGAUGAAGAGGAUAAUACUGAAAAGGCCUACACUGCAGGAAGGAAGAAGAAAAGUACAAAGAAAAGUGUUGACAGCUGUGUACAGACAGAUGAUGAAGACCAGGAUGAAUGGGAAGUUCCUGCUCGAGGCAGGCGCAGUAGACCACGAGGUGGUAAAAAUGGCAUAGGUGAAAGAGGAGCUGUUUCAGUUCAGGCCCUAACUGAAAUCUCUGUACAAACAGACUCCUCUGGAACACUAAGGGGACACUCUGUGCAGCUAGAUGCUAGAGUAGACUAUCCUGACUCUGAUAGAACUUCCUCUCCAAAGAGACGCCCCACUCCACUUGAUAUAGGCCAGUCCCCUCACCUCCAAGCAGAUGCUGCCACUCUCCAGGUUGCCCCAGGUCCUCCCAAAUCCCCAAAAGUUCUGUACUCUCCAAUUUCCCCUUGUGUAUCCCCUAGCAAAUCCCUUGAGUAUUUGUCCUAUGAGAAAUCCCUUGGAGACACAAGCCCACAGAGAAUACGCUCUGCCACUGAUCUAUCCAAAGGUCCACCAACAAGUCCUAGGGCACCCAAGGUCAUACAAAGGUCAAUGUCUGACCCCAAACCCAUGAGCCCAACUGCAGAAGAGAGGGCAGCAGCAAAUUUCCAGUAUUCUGAGGGUUAUUCUGCAAAGGGAUCUCCAAGUGGAACUCCAUCUGGCACCCAAAAGAAAGUUAAAAGAACCCUUCCUAACCCACCUUCAGAGGAAGAGGCUGUCAAUGCUGGACAAACAGCCUACAGCACUGGCUCAGCUCGUCGUCGUCUCUGCCGGAGCACUAACAUGGCACGGGCAAAAAUUCUGCAGGACAUUGAUCGUGAACUAGACCUGGUUGAGAGAGAGUCCUCCAAACUGCGUAAAAAGCAAGCUGAACUGGAUGAGGAAGAAAAGGAGAUUGAUGCCAAGCUGCGAUACCUGGAGAUGGGCAUUAACCGACGAAAGGAGGCAUUGCUCAAAGAAAGGGAGAAGAGGGAAAGGGCCUAUCUGCAGAGUGUUGCAGAGGACCGUGACUACAUGUCUGACAGUGAGGUGAGUAACAUUCGUGAGACAAGAAGUGGAGAGGAGGUCAGUGGACAUGGGCUUGAGAGACCACGUACUGCACCACAGUCAGAACUUGAUGAGUUUGUUCCUCCACAGACCAAGCACGACCAGUAUGGAAAGUAUUCCCAGUACCAGUACCCACAGUACCAGCAAUCCCUGUACCAGCCUCAGUCACCAUACCAAUCCCAAUCCAUCUACUCUUCUGUUCCUUCUCUGACUGCCUCACAACAACAGAGCUACCACCAAAUGCUCUUGCUCCAGCAGAAAGCCAGACAACAAGCUGCUCUCCUCUCUGAAUUAGAUUCUACCAAAAUUGCCACUAACUAUGACACUUCAUCUUACUUGGGAGGAAAAUAUGGCAACCACCUUGACUUGCAUAGCCUAGAAGAGCGUGCUGGGAGCAUGGCAGUAAGUCCAAUGUCCAAUGUAUCUGCUGACUCCUUCUAUUCAGACUUAGAUCAACAUCAAACACCAAGGAGCUACAUGCUUUUAGAAGAUGCAGCAGAACUUGCAAAGAGCACUGGUAGCCUUUCAUCCACCAGCUAUGGCAUUGCUGAGAGGGAGCUUGCCAAAGCAGAGCGUCUUCUGAGACAUGCUGCUGCAGAUGUUAGUACAGACUACUUGGGAAGUUCCUCCAGACUUCAUUCCUAUGGUAAGGCCCAAGAUGAAGAGGACCCAAUGGAAGAGCCGUUUGAACUGAAGCUUUUAAAACAGCAACUGAAACAGGAGUUCAGGAGAAGCACAGGGGGCACUGAAAGCUUAGAGCAGCUUGCUGGACUCUCACAUCACUAUACCCCCAGCACUGGAGUGUCUAGUGGAGGCUACAGGGCCUAUCCUAAAACUGAGAAGUACAGCAUCAGUAGACUUACCUUAGAGAAACAGGCUGCCAAGCAACUCCCAACAUCUAUGCUCUACCAGAAACACAAAAACACCAGCAACAUUGGCAAGUAUUCCUCAAUGCAGGAUAGCAGGGGUCUAGAAACAGACUAUAGUAGCUACUUGGGGUCUAGUAGUGCUUCUCCCAGGUCAAGCAGACUUCUGCAGGAUGAGAUCACCUUUGGGCUUCGCAAAAACAUUGCAGAACAGCAGAAAUACCUGGGCUCCACACUUGGAGCCAAUUUGGCUGGUUCACUUAAUCUGGGCCAAAGCCUGAAUCUGAGCCCAGGCAUGAGGUCCUCUUUGGGAGAAGACUCUGCUUACCCCAGUGGAAGCAGGUCACGGCCUUCUUCUAGACCCUCCUCUGUUUAUGGCCUUGACCUGUCCAUUAAAAGGGACAUCUCAAGUUCUUCUCUGAGGCUCAAAGCAGAAGGUGACCCCUCCUCAGAGACCUCAGCUUUCCAGACUCCAUCAGGCAGGACAAAACCUACAAGCCUGCCCAUUGUACAAGGUGGGCGUGGACGCAUCCCUAUUGUGGCACAGAACUCAGAGGAAGAGAGCCCACUGAGUCCCGUAGGUCAGCCAAUGGGUAUGGCACGGGCAUCUGCAGGUCCGCUCCCACCCAUAUCUGCUGACUCCCGUGAUCAGUUUGGGUCAUGCAUGUCCCUCCAAGACCCUCAACAGCAACAUCUCAGAGAAGAUCCUUCAAGAGGACGUGGCUAUGUACUAAUGGAUGAUCUGCAGGGCACCAUGUCUGAUAGUGAAGCACUAAGUGAAUCCCUGGUGGGUUUGUGCAGAGACGAUCCAGGAAACUCACAUGAGAAUGUCACAAACGCGUACCACCUGCGACGGGAGGAAACUGACUGGUUUGAUAAACCACGAGACGGACGCACAGAAAAUGGACAAGGGGUGGACAGAAGACAGGGGAAGUCAGCACACUACCCGUUUCCUCAUACUAGGAUAAAACUACAGAGGGAUCCCAAAGAUCGUAGUGUAUCAGGAAACGGACUGGGCAUUCGUGUGGUUGGAGGAAAAGAGGUCCCUGGAAGCAAUGGGGACAUUGGUGCGUAUGUUGCCAAAGUAUUACCUGGAGGAGCUGCAGAACAGACGGGGAAGAUUGUGGAAGGAAUGCAAGUUCUGGAGUGGAACAGCGUUAGCUUGACUGGUAAGACGUACGAGGAGGUGCAGGGUCUGGUUGGUCACCAGGUUGGAGAGGCGGAGUUAUGUAUCAGACUAGACCUCAAUAUGCUGUCUGAUUCUGAAAGCUCCCACCUAGACCUUCAAGACCAGAGCAAAGGAGACAGACCUCCGCGGUCACCAGGUGUAGAUCCUAAGCAGCUGGCUGCGGAGCUGCAGAAAGUGUCCCAGCAGCAGGUGCCGUCCUCCUCUGCGUCAGCACUGGAUAAAUCCUCAGCGUCCGCUGGUUCCAGUGCAGUUCCCAGCCCUGGCCAGCCUGGCUCACCCUCUGUCAGCAAGAAACGUCACAGCAAGACCUCUGAGGCUGCAAAAACUCAGUCCCACCCAGUGUCAGGAGAGAUCCAGCUUCAAAUAAAUUACGACAAACAGCUGGGCAAUCUCAUCGUCCAUGUUCUUCAAGCGCGAAAUCUGGCACCCCGGGACAAUAACGGCUACUCGGAUCCAUUCGUUAAAGUUUACUUGCUGCCGGGUAGAGGUCAGGUCAUGGUUGUGCAGAAUGCCAGUGCUGAAAACAAAAGAAGGUCCAAACACGUUCAGAAGAGCCUGAACCCAGAGUGGAACCAGACUGUAAUCUACAAAAAUAUCCACCUGGAACAGCUAAGAAAGAAGACACUGGAGGUCAGCGUGUGGGACUACGACAAGAGCUCUGCCAAUGACUUCUUGGGAGAGGUACUAAUCGACCUGUCCAACACGGCACAACUGGACAACAUCCCACGCUGGCUGCCUCUGAAGGAGCAGAGCGAGGGUGAGCAUCACCGGCGUUCUCACUCGGGACAGGGCCGCCAGCACUCGCCCAAACCCCACGGAGGACACGGGACCCAGCAUUCCCCAAAGACCUCCGGCCACAGCAAGGAGGACUCGCCCAAAUCCUCGGUCAUCAAGAGCCGUAGUCACGGAAUCUUCCCUGACCCUGCCAAGGACACGCAGGUCCCCACUAUUGAGAAAUCUCACAGUAGCCCUGGCACGUCGAAGCCGUCCCUCUCCGAGGGCCAAGCCCGCCCCCACGGAGGCUCCCGUGCUCAUGGCAAAAGUGGCACGGCCCGGGCACACCUUGACGAUGCCGCAACAACGGCCGAAGCUGCCGGCCAGCAGCCCCGUCUCCAACCAACGUCCCGCAGCCAUAGAUCUGGUGAUGCUCCUGUUACUGCAGCCUCAUUGGACAGCGGUCUGAGUGGCAGUGCCUUUAGCCUAUUGGAUGAAGAUGGCGGGACCAAUGCGGUGGAUAGUGCUAUCUUCCAGGUUCCAAGAUUUGGAAAGAUUCCAAACGGCACAGAAGCUGUGAAAUCCGCUCAUGGAGAUACAGAGGGUAAGACUCAGGUGAUGGGGGAGAUAAAGAUCGCCCUGAAGAAGGAGAUGAAGACAGAGGGUGAACACCUAGUGCUUGAGAUCCUCCAGUGCAGAAACAUCACCUACAAAUUCAAGUCUCCUGACCACCUCCCGGACCUGUAUGUGAAACUCUAUGUGGUGAAUGUGGCUACUCAGAAAAGAAUCAUCAAGAAGAAGACCAGAGUGUGUCGUCACGAUCGCGAACCGUCUUUCAACGAAACUUUCCGCUUCUGCAUGAACCCCGCAGGUCAUUCCAUUCAGCUUUUUCUCGUUUCAAAUGGAGGCAAGUUCGUAAAGAAGACCCUAAUUGGCGAAGCCUACGUGUGGCUCGAUAAGGUAGACCUGCGGAAACGGGUGGUGAGCUGGCACAAGCUGCUGGCCAGCACAGCUCAGAUCCACUCCUAAAGACGGCGGUCGGAUGAGGCGCGAGGACAGACCAGGCAGUGGAGUCGCACAUCCCUGCCGCACUCUUUGGGACUAAACUGAGCUGAAUUUGGAGGGCCAACACAGGGAGCUUCCCGACUGCACUGGCACGUGUGAUUGUGUUAACCCAAGCCAUGGAGAAACAGGUGUAUAAUGGUGUUUACAGGAAAGAUCUGACCUUUAGUAACAAGAUGCAGAUCUCUACAUUGGGAAAGGCUCAAAAAAUUGAGCACACAAUGUUCAUACGUGUAUGUGUACAUGCACUUUCACUAUCACUCACACUUAUCGACACAUAUUUAUACCGGUGUGUGUAUGUAUGAUAAUAUGUGUACAUUGGUCCACAGCAGACAGUUAGAUGAUAGAGAGAAAAUUUCCAGUUUGUGCAUUACUCAUAUAUGAGAACAUUAUGAUUAUUUACAGAUAGAGACAUAUAUCAUAUACAUUAUUUUUGUAUGAUAGUUUAGAUAUUUAUUGUUAUUUUACAUUCCCUCUCAGAUGUUAUUAUGUGUUGAAAGAACUGAUAUUUAAAGCAUAUUAUCAAUGGAUUAGAAGAGUAUUUUAUGGUAUAUUAUAGACAGAUUGAAAUGAAUGAAAUAUGAUUUAUUGGGUGUUGUGAUGAUUUGUUGUGUCAGUACGGUUAUUUCCACUCACAGAAGUAACGCUUUUGUCUUUCGCUGUGCGAUACUGAAUUUAGAGGUACGGUUUCAGAGCCCUAAGACUCUAUGAAUCAAGAAGUGGAUAAUAACAAAGAAUUAAACGUUUAAGAAAACUGCCAGUCUCUUAUGACUCACACAGAAAUGAAUAGAAAGCGUUUGCUGAUUGUUAUGAUUUGCUAUCUCAUUUGAUGAAUGUGACAAGACGAAAUAUCCAAUAUGCGGCAGCAUCAGUUGAAAAUGUCAAAUCCAGCACUGUUAUUUGAUUUGCACUUUGUGUCUAGCAUUUUACGAAUGUAGGCUGAUUUUUAAUUUUUUUUUUUUUCUUAGUUGAUCAAAAAAGCGGAACAUCCUGCCAUUUAAAAUAGUCAAACGCUGUCAACCCCCCACACAAACACAUACGCUUCGGUCUCUCUUGAUUACUCGAGGAUCUGAGUUUGAAUGGGUCAGUGUAGUGUCUGUCCACAUGUUGAAGUCAUCAUAUUGCUGAUACAAUGUUGAUAUUAUGUUUUAUUAAAAACAAACUCCUAAACACUCAGGUUUCGAUGAAAAAGCCUUGCUUAAACUUUAUUGGCUGAUCUUUGAUCAAGCAGGUUCAGCUGAAAGGCGAUAACAAUGAGGAUCAGGGUCAUGACAUCGCUAUGUGUUCAUUUUUAAUUUUACAGAUCAUUUUGGCUAACUGUAUUUAUAUUCUCGGUUUACAUGUCUAAAAGGAGACAUUUAGACGCUGAGCGCACCAUCUCAUACUUUCAGAAAAGUGUGGCCACCUCGCAAUGCAGACACUUAAAUCAAAUGCCAUUAGUGUUAUUUGUUAUAAUGUUGUUGUUUUUUUUUAUGUUUUUAUGCCUUGAAACUUAGGAUGUGUGGAUACAACCUUCACAACACAUAACCCAGCCAUUUUACAGGUCAAGCACUUAUAUUUCACUCAAACGUCCAGUGUUAAGGGUUAAGUCGACCUUUAACCUUUUUUUGCCAAGCCAAACUACCAAAAUCUGCAGUUUCUGUGUAUGUUAUUCUAUGCAACCGAAAAUGCAUCUGGUGUACUUAUUGUUUAGUGGUCGGAGGACAGAUAAAGCAUUACGAAUGAGGACUUUUUUUAUUUUUGUAUGUUUUUUUUUCACAUGGUAAAUAUGUUUGUUUUUAUAUAUAUAUAUAUAUAUAUGUCUUUUGCUUGAUGCUUGUUUUAUUAAUUUUUUAUUGCUAUUUUGAGGUCAUGUAACAAUGAGUUUGCAAAAACGUAGGGUAAUUAACCUAUUGGACUAUUUAACUGCUAGUUAUGUACAUAACGAAAUAUGUGUUUACAAGAUCAUAGCAGACUGGUUCGUCAUUCCCGUCCCUUCAAAACACAGUGUCUGGAAACACAACUAUCUCACUGCACUCAGCUUUAUAUACAAUGCUCAGCUUUCAUUAUAUAUUCUGAUCUCCCUGAAUGUGUGUUGUUGUUGUUUUUUUUAUGUUUACAAAUUAGAUGAGAAAAAAAGCAUCAUAUAACAAAUUGUCACAUGAAUUCAUACGCAGCCUCCUUUGAAUAAUCCGUGCAUGCUCAAAUUUCACUUCGCCACACUAACUCUUUCACCUCUGCAAAACAAUGAAAAAUAAAUAAAAAGAAGCCAUGUAAAUAGAAAUAAAAAUACUAAUUUUCUUUUUGUACAAAUAUGAUCUUGUAUUAGUUUUCUGGUUCAACGAAGAGCAUGUGUGAGGGGAAGGAGCAGAGCGAUUGUGUUUUGAUCUGUGUGUUACAUGUUGUACAUGCACUAGGGUAAAAGCUUUCCCCAUGCUUGCCUCUGAUGGACUGGACUUGACCUGCACAACAGACACCAGUUUAACCCUGUAUAAUAUAGAACAGAUGUUGACCUUACUGACUCAAAGUAGAAUCAGGAAACAUAUGGUGUUUUCACUUUGGAUGUUGCAUGUUUUGUUGGUGGUUUGUUCAUACUAUUUUUGUGUCCAGAUUCUAUUUACAAAAAGAGAAAAAGAUUAUGAAAAAUUAAUCAAAUCUAAAUAUGUAUGCUGACUGUACAAAGAUAUGCUUGUAUAAUCCGUCUGGUUUUCCACUUAAUGUAAACUGAUGAAAAAAAAUCCAACUGUCAUGGUUUUUGUGGUUGUACACAAACGGUAUUGAUAAAUUAUGCAAAUUGUGCUGUAAUAAAAGGCUAACGCCCAAGUCAAAAUAAUAAAUGAUAUAUGUACAA